UUUGUACAUUUUACUGCUUCGAUUUUUCGGAUUUUCUAGCAGCUUGUAAAUGAUAUAAAUUUAUUGCAACUGUUUUAUUAUUAGCACAGCGAUGCCUAAGUUUAACUUAUUUUAACUGAGGUCAAGUCAAAUAAUUUAAAUAUUCCUUGUAUUGUUGGCAAGGUAAAAUGAGUACACAAGCUUACGAUCCUGGUCCGGAACAUUUUCAGCAGUUUCCAUCUAACAGAAUAAUCGUAAUCCACCCCGGAUCGCUGUACGUAAGAAUCGGAAGGGCGUCUGAUUUGCUGCCAGUCAAACAGCUGCAUUGUAUAGCCCGAAAACGUCGACACGGCGGCAAAAUCUACCGGGAUUCAUUCGUUCCCCCUAGCGUACCGAAAACUAAGGAAUUGAUCGAGGAAUUGGAGGAAUGUCGGCUACAAAUCUCGCAUACUCUUCAGUCGUGUAUGCAGUCGAACGGAGCCCGGCGGUACGCCACCCCGCCGCAGCAGAUCGCCGCCUUCAACAGACGGUCUCUGGCCGAGAUCGACAACGACGGCGAGCCGUGGCCGCAGGUGCAGUGCGACAUCGUCGUCGGCGACCUGGUGCUCGACAUCGAUCCCGAGUUGCCCUACAACAUUCACUUCCCGUACUGCAGGGGAGACUUCAACCUGCACUCGGAAAUCGGCGGCUCAAUAUCGUCAGUUUUAAAUGACUUGUAUACGAUAUGGAGUUCCAUUAUUGAAUUUAAAUUAGGAAUACCCCUAAUAGAACUUGUGAAAUAUCGUUGUGUACUCCUAAUACCGGACAUUUACGUGAGAAACCACUUGAAAUGUCUCAUGACCCUCCUGCUAAAGGACCUAGGAUUCGGCCACUGUUUUCUCGUCCAGGAGAGCGUGGGAGCGACGUUCGGCGCGGGAAUAGGUUCAGCGUGUGUUGUAGACAUAGGUGAUCAGAAGACUGCAAUCUCAUGCGUCGAGGAUGGUAUAUCUCACAAAUCCACAAGACUUCGAAUGGACUAUGGAGCUGGGGACAUUUGCCAGACCCUGUCCUGGAUGUUCCACAAGAGUGCUUUCCCAUAUAAAAAUUGGAAUGAGAAUAUUCCGAGGGAUGUCAUUCUUAUGCGCAACCUGUAUGAAGACUUUUGCCAUGUCAAUCUAGAUGUGUGUGGGCCUCAGGAAAAAACAUUUCUGGUCGAUCACCCGGGUGACAUAGUCAACAAGUAUACAUUGCAGGUGGGUGAUGAGUGUAUCAUAUCACCCCUGUCAUUAUUCUACACUGAUCUACUCAAAAUAACAGGUCCCAAAAGUACUAAAAUUCAAAAUCGUCAGGCCAGUGACCCGGAAGAUCCAUUUGAUGCAGAAUUUCUGAGGGAAACUGGCAGGAAAAGGGAAGCUGUAGACCCAGCAGCUGGGGAAGGUCAACCAUGUGAGGUAGCCCCCGACCAGCAGGUAUCUACGAACCCCGAUGAGGACAUAGUGGUAGACACCUUGGAAACUGCCCCAGGAGAUGUGACGUUAGCUCCAGGUCAAGUGCUGAGCUUAGAUGCAGCGAUACUGCAAAGUAUAGAUAGAUGCCCUAGUGAGGAAUUGAAGAGGAAGAUGUACAGCAGCAUACUGAUAGUAGGAGGGGGUGUGAAGGUCCAUGGUUUGAACAACUGGCUGCAGAACAGACUGGCUCUACAAAUACCUUACACUUACAAAACAGAGCAGCUGGAAAUAGUGACAUCCCCAAAGGACAUAGAUCCAGCCAGCACUGUGUGGAAGGGUGCAGCUGUCAUGUCCUGCUUAGAGUCAGCUUUGGAGCUGUGGAUUAACCAACUGGAAUGGAACAAAUAUGGUUUAAAAAUAUUAAGAGAAAGAGCACCAUUCAUAUGGUGACAAUAAACUGCUGUACUAUCUAA